GCGGCGGGCUUCCACCCGCCUGCAGCCCAGGUUUGGCCGGGGUUGGGCUUGUCACUGCCUGGGACACCCCUGCGCGCCAGGCGCAACGGCAUCCCGGAGCCUGGACGCCACACCAGGAAUUGUAAAUUCAAAAUAUUAGAAUGAACACAAACAUGGCACAUCAUAUUGCUGUUCUUUGGAUUAUUUUGAUUCUACUUCUUCAGAAUUCUGUCUUAGCUGAAGAUGGUGAAAUAAGAUCAAGUUGUCGUACUGCUCCUACAGAUUUAGUGUUCAUCUUAGAUGGUUCCUACAGCGUUGGCCCAGAAAACUUUGAAAUAGUGAAAAGGUGGCUUGUCAACAUCACAAAAAACUUUGACAUAGGACCAAAGUUCAUUCAAGUUGGAGUGGUCCAGUAUAGUGACUACCCCGUGCUGGAGAUUCCCCUGGGCAGCUAUGAUUCAGGAGAGAAUUUGAUAGCAGCAAUGGAAUCCAUACACUACUUAGGAGGAAACACCAGGACUGGAAAGGCCAUCCAGUUUGCACUUGAUUACCUUUUUGCCAAGUCCUCACGAUUUCUGACAAAGAUAGCAGUGGUACUUACAGAUGGUAAAUCCCAAGAUGAAGUUAAAGAUGCAGCAGAAGCAGCGAGAGACAGUAAAAUAACAUUAUUUGCAAUCGGUGUUGGUUCUGAAACAGAAGAUGCAGAACUGAGAGCCAUAGCCAACAAGCCUUCAUCUACUUAUGUGUUUUAUGUGGAGGACUACAUUGCAAUAUCCAAAAUAAGGGAAGUGAUGAAGCAGAAACUUUGCGAAGAAUCUGUCUGCCCAACCAGAAUUCCUGUGGCAGCUCGUGAUGAGAAGGGAUUUGAUAUUCUUUUAGGUUUAGAUAUAAAGAAAAAGGUUAAGAAAAGAAUUCAGCUUUCACCAGCAAAGUUAAAAGGAUAUGAAGUAACAUCAAAAGUUGAUUUAUCAGAACUUACUAGCAAUGUUUUCCCAGAAGGUCUUCCUCCAUCGUAUGUAUUUGUUUCCACUCAGAGAUUUAAGGUCAAGAAAAUGUGGGAUUUAUGGAGAAUAUUAACCAUUGAUGGAAGGCCACAAAUAGCAGUGACCUUAAAUGGUGUGGACAAAACCUUAUUAUUUACAACAACCAGUGUCAUUAAUGGCUCACAGGUGGUCACUUUUACUGACCCUCGAGUUAAGACAUUAUUUGAUGAAGGCUGGCAUCAAAUUCGUCUCUUGGUAACAGAGCAAGAUGUGACUCUGUAUAUAGAUGAUCAACAAAUCGAAGAUAAGCCCUUACAUCCAGUUUUAGGAAUCUUCAUCAAUGGGCAAAUCCAAAUUGGAAAAUAUUCUGGGAAAGAUGAAACUGUUCAGUUUGAUGUACAAAAGUUGCGCAUCUACUGUGACCCAGAGCAGAACAACCGGGAAACAGCAUGUGAGAUUCCUGGCUUUAAUGGAGAGUGCCUAAAUGGUCCCAGUGAUGUAGGUUCAACUCCUGCUCCCUGUAUUUGUCCUCCGGGAAAACCAGGACUACCAGGCCCCAAAGGUGAUCCUGGACUGCCUGGAAACCCUGGCUAUCCUGGACAACCUGGUCAAGAUGGUAAGCCUGGGUAUCAGGGAAUCACAGGAUCACCAGGUGUUCCAGGAUCUCCAGGAAUACAAGGACCUCAAGGACUACCAGGUUACAAAGGAGAACCAGGGAGAGAUGGUGGAAAGGGUGACCGUGGAAUUCCUGGUUUCCCUGGGCUUCAUGGAAUGCCAGGAUCAAAGGGUGAAAUGGGUCCCAAAGGAGAUAAAGGAUCACCAGGAUUUUAUGGCAAAAAGGGUGCAAAAGGUGAAAGGGGGAAUUUGGGCUUUCCUGGCCUUCCUGGACCUGCUGGAGAACCAGGAAGACAUGGAAAAGAUGGAUUAAUGGGUAGCCCUGGUUUCAAGGGAGAAGCAGGACCUCCAGGUGCUCCAGGGCAAGAUGGACCGCGAGGAGAGCCUGGAAUCCCAGGAUUUCCUGGAAGCCAAGGAUUAAUGGGCCAAAAGGGAGAACUUGGGUCUCCAGGACCACAAGGGAAAAAAGGAGCACCAGGAAUGCCAGGCUUGAUGGGAAUUGCCGGCUUACCAGGCCAGCCUGGAACACCAGGAUCUAAGGGGAGCAAAGGUGAACCUGGACUUCCAGGGACGCCUGGGGCUUCUGGGAACAAGGGAGAGCCAGGAGCAUUGGGCCUUCCAGGAGAACCAGGAUACAUGGGCUUACCUGGGAUUCAAGGAAAAAAGGGGGACAAAGGAGAUCAAGGUGAAAAAGGCAUUCAGGGCCCAAAAGGAGAAAAUGGAAGACAAGGAAUUCCAGGUCAACAGGGAAUUCAAGGUCAUCCUGGUAUGAAAGGAGAGAGAGGUGAAAAUGGAGAGCCUGGUGUCAGAGGUGCCAUUGGACCCAAAGGAGAAUCUGGGGUGGAUGGCUUGAUGGGGCCUGUGGGUCCCAAGGGACCACCUGGGGAAACAGGUCCUCAGGGACCUCCAGGAUUGGAUGGGAAACCUGGAAGAGAAUUUUCAGAACAAUUUAUUCGCCAAGUUUGCACUGAUGUAUUAAGAGCCCAGCUGCCAGUCCUACUUCAGCGUGGAAGAAUUCAAAAUUGUGAUCAUUGCCGGUUCCAACAUGGUUCCCCUGGCAUUCCUGGACCACCUGGUCCCAUAGGCCCAGAAGGUCCCCGAGGGUUUCCUGGUUUGCCAGGAAGAGAUGGUGUUCCUGGAGUAAUGGGUGCUCCUGGACGUCCAGGUGCCAGAGGAUUAAAAGGCUUACCAGGAAGAAACGGGGAGAAGGGGAGCCAAGGGUUUGGCUUUCCUGGAGAACAAGGUCCUCCUGGCCCCCCAGGUCCAGAGGGCCCUCCUGGAAUAAGCAAAGAAGGUCCCCCAGGAGACCCAGGUGUUCCUGGGAAAGAUGGAGAUCAUGGGAAUCCUGGAAUCCAAGGGCAGCCAGGCCCCCCUGGCAUCUGUGACCCAUCGCUGUGCUUUAGUGUCGUUGUUGGAAGAGAUCCGUUUAGAAAAGGACCAAACUAUUAGUGUCUGGUGAUUCAUUCAGCAGCCUAGGCAUGGUGCUUUUCUUUUGUGGUCUUUUGCAUCUCAGGAAGAAAACCCAACAGCGAUCCCUUGAAAACAAACUGAAGUACCUCGGCAUUUUUAUUAUUUGUGUCCUGCAGGAAAAAUAUAUGAGUUAUAAAAGGUCACAUAGGCUGAGUUUAAAGCCUCCUCAGUAAUAGGGCACCUUGAUAUGAGUAGCAUUAAUUAAAUUUCAAGGGUUUCUUAUAAAGUCCAUUCAUUUUAAUCAGAAUUAAGUAUAAAAAUCCACCAUUGCCUGUUAGCCAGUCAAUUUUAAUCACUGUGAAAUACUUCACAUUCAGUCUCCACGUAGUAGAGAGUGGAAUUCAAUUUCAUGUCCGUGUAUAUUUCAUGUUUCACAUCUCACAACUUAUGCUUCUGCAUUAGCAAUAGCAUAUCUGGUCAUGGGAAAUAAGAUCAGGGCUGAUAUUCAGCUGGGAUAAACGGUACAGUCGGCCCUCUCUAUCUGCAUGUUCUACUUCCCCAGGUUCAACCAGCCAUGACUUGGAAAUAUUCAGAAAAAUAUUGCAUCUGAACUGAACAUGUAGAGACUAUUUUCUUGUCAUCCUUCCCUAAUCACUAUACUAUCACAACUAUUUACCUGACAUUUAUAUUUAUUAGGUAUUAUAAGUAAUCUAGAGCUGACUUAAAAUACAUAGGAGGUUGUGCGUGGAUUACAUGCAUAUAUCAUGCCAUUUUACAGGACUUCAGCAUCUGGGGAUUUUGGUAUGGGGGUGAGAGAGGGUCCUGGAAUCGGUGGAUACUGAGAGACAACUGUGUUGUCAGCCUUAUCAUUUACUCCAGUGUUUGUGCCUGUUGGUUAGGGUCAGUGGACCUCUUGUUUAACAUUUUGAAUAUCACCUCUGAAGAAGAUUAAAGUGUUUCUCAUUUCAUUUUCAAACUCUAAAGAAUGAAUAUGCUAUGAGAAAACAUGGAUGACGUUGGGAGUAGUCAGAUUAUAUGACAUCGAAGACAUUUUAGAAAAGUUUCAUUGAUCAACAUAUUCAGAGAAAAUGAAUUCAGAAGUACUAAAAGAACUUUCUAUUUCAUACUUACUGAUCAAUUGGAAUAUUUGUUGUAUGCUUUCAGUUUGCAUUCUAUGUAUUACAUGUGUAUGUCCAUAUAUGUUAAUUUUCAUUGUAGCAAAGCUAGUGGGAAUACAUGUUCUAGUUGGAAAGAAAGGUAGCAACAGAAAUCCUAGUAUGUCUUGAUAUUUUCAGCAAAUUUUAAAACAUUAUGAACAAUCUUGGUGUACUGUACUUAAUGCUUUUGUAAGAAACAGAAUUUGAAAUGUUUCAUCUUUUGUCAUGCUCAAAAUUGUGUUACAUGCUUGUUAUUCAGAGUACA